AUGCUUUGGACCGCCAACACUUAUCUACUGUAUCUCCUCUUCGUCUCCGUUGUUGUCUACUCCAUUGCGCUGCCCUUAGAUUCGGGUGUUGUGGUCCGCACACCUGCGAUAUCCCGACGAAAUGAACACGUUCUCCCGAUAACCUUCGAGGCUGCGUGCAAUGGAUGCUUUGAUGAUGCAGAGCAAGGAGUCAUAUUCUACUUAGACGUCCUUAGCACAAAAUCAGUUUGCGGUGAGAGCCGUGUACGCCUCAAUGGCCGGGAUUUGAAACUGCAUUGGGACGGCACCACUGCUGCUGGGGAGACAAAUAUAACAAGCAAACUUUCUAAUGCCCGCAAAACUACCAGCCUCUUCAUGAGUUUUCGCGCUCUCUGUGUGUCGAGCCCGGUUGGAUCUGUUGAAGACUAUGCUGCUCAGAUACUCACUGUGACAUUCCAUCCCGCUGGUCGGGUUGAUGAAAAUAAGGAGGCAUCUGGAUUCGCCCUGUCAUUUAAUUCUGUGGGGAAACCGGAGAUAUUUCGCCUAUCAACCUCUCCGGUAUCCAUCUCCGAGCACGAUACCUCCUUUAAAUCCUGGUUAAAUUCUUCGGGCUCCGACGAGUUCCACGUGCAGAGUUAUGCAAACAGCGACGCGACCAGAAUCGUCAAUCUGGAGGAUGAGCUGCAGCAACUGCAUCUACUUAGGCAGGAGGCACAGAGAAUAGAAACCAUAAUCAGGGAAAAGGACCAGAGAAUCAGGAUGCAUCUUCUGGAUGACUGUACCUGUCUCUCGUCUAUGCUUCAGAAAUGCAAAACUCUCAGCUGCUUUGCUGAAGUUUCUUUUAAACUCGUUCCGGAUCUUUUUCGCCUCAUGAAAUACCGAUUUGGUACACUGCCACCCACCUUAUCCGGCGCUUUUUGCCCUUCUCUUGUCGGAGACUCAGGAGGCCGAAACAUCACAACGGGUUCAUCUGCCUCCACUUUUUCAAACAGUAGCCAGGUAACCGUCGAAGGCCGACCGACUAAUGCUAUUACUCACCGUCCAAAGACGCCGGGAGGGUCUCUUAUAGUAACACCACAGUCGACACAGCAUAUUGUUGGGGUCAUCGUCGUGGUGCUUCUCCUCAUUGCUACGAUAGCUUUUGUAUUUAAAACUUUCCGCGACUCGAUAUCUUGUCGCCGGCGCCGCGUGGAUCUUGCCGCAAGGCGCGAAGAAAGGAGAGCUCGCCAGGCGUAUCGUGCGGCGGCGUGUCGCUACCGAUUCAGUUUAUGGUGGACUGAGCUAUGGAACUGUUUGAAUGGGGCUUCUAGCCCGCAAUCUAGCCAUUUCCAACGUCGAUUCAACACCCCAAAUGGCGCCGACAACAUUUUCAUAGACCCAAGGCGGCCGGUCCCACUAGGCGCGUAUGCAAUGCAAAAUGAAAUUGUAGGAUUCCGUCGGGCUCUAGAAUAUGUAGGGCAAUUGGUGCAAAUUAACGGCCCUCCCGAGCAACGGCGAGCAUCUCAAGACAUCGCAGAAAUAGGAGCCAUGAGGGCAUCUGAUAGCACACCAACAAUUUUAUCCUCUAUUGCUCCCCUGACGACCCUUGCGUCUCCGAGUACAAGCACCAUCUUCAGCUACGAGACAGACGAAACUGGGACUAUUGAGAGCAUUGAUCUUGAAACGGCGACUAUGGUUAGUGGAUGA